AUGGCUCUACGCAACUACCUCUACGCUAAACACCUGGAUCCUCACCAAGUUUUGUUAAUAGACCACGAUCCAAAUAUGACCUCAAAAAUGUCUCCAAAAGUGACUCCCAGACUGAUGCAACCGGGAAAACGCAUUGAAUUGCACCCGGAAACACAGCUGACUUCUUGUCCUCCAGAAAGACAACUAGUGUUGGAGGAUGGAUCCAAGGCAUGUGCCAAUUGUGCUGAUUGCCCCAAGAAAACAGCAACUCACGAUGGAAACCCAAAAAUAAAAGUUCAAUGGGAAGAAUUGUCUUCACAAGUGCAUGAAUUGAGAGUGGGAGAGACAGAUUACACCCACCUGGGAUAA